AUGCCUAAGCACAUUCUGUCUUAUCAAGCGCCCAAAAAUAUUGCUCAUGACUUUGAGAAGAAGGUCUUUUGGUAUUUUCGCUUCAUUGGCCAUCAGGAGCUCAAAGACGUCUGGGACGUCACUGCUGAACAUGCAAAUCUUCGCAUUGAAUCAUUGGCUAAGCAUCCCCAUGCAACUGUGACCUGUCGAUUCGUGGUGAAGGAAUCGAUGUGCGGGCCCCAGAUGCAUCUCCAUGGCGGGUAUAUCGCGACCCUGGUCGAAAAUCUCACAAGCAUACUUAUUGUCGCUGCCGCCACUCCGGGUCGAUUCGCUGAUACAGGCGUCAGUCGCAACUUGCGCACAAUUUACCUUCGUUCCCUCCCAGUGGGUACUGAAGUUCGAGCUGUAUGUCAAGUGAUCAGUCUCGGGCAGCGUCUUGUAUUGACCAAAGCCGAAUUCUACGACGUUGAAACGGGGGAGCUCUGCGUGAUUAGUGAGCAUGAGAAGUUCAACAGAGAUCCCGAACAGAGGGGCAAGCUAUAG